UUCACUGGCAGUCACUAUGCGCUGAUGCUCCGCCACAUGCUCGCAUCACUGUUGGCAACACAAGCCUCGCAUCAGCACUGCAAACUCAAACCACAUCUGACCGGCACGAUGGAUGGGCAACAUAAAGACCGCAGACAGACUCACUUGUGGAUAUUGACGUUACUGAUAUUUGUCUAACCUCAAGCACUCUGGAUAACUCGGUCUUUUCCAACUUCUUCUUCUGGAUACGGAUUGUGGAACUGGAUCUCGUCCUACAGGCUUUGGAAGAAGGAUUAUAUUUAUUUAGAUCACUUUAUUUGUCAUCACUCCGUUUUCGCCAUCACCACUUGGAAUAAGGGCGUUUUGUUGGAGGACAAACUGAUUUUUUAAGGAUACGCACAUCAAACUCUAAAGAAUGGCCGUUUGGUUCACCUCUAUCCUCGCAAUAGUUAUGACAAUAUUUACUCAGGUUCUGGGAUCAGGUGUAUUCGAGAUAGAUCUCCAUCACUUUCAGAAUACUAAAGGUUUGCUGGCAAAUGGACUUAGUUGCAGCAGGACUGGCUGCAGGACUUAUUUCAGGGUUUGUUUGAAGAACUUCCAGACUGUGGUGUCUCCCGGAGACUGUAUAUUUGGCAAAGUCACCACACCUGUUCUGGGCACCGACUCCUUCAGCAUCCAGCCGGACGCCAGGCUGCGCCUGCCGCUCAACUUCACCUGGCCGGGUGCUUUCUCAUUAGUUAUCGAAGCCUGGUUUUCUCCUGCAGCGGACCUACCUGGAGACACCACCAACCCUGAUUUCUUGAUUAGUUCUUUUGCCAUCCAAAGACAGUUGGGAAUAGGGCAUGAGUGGUCCCAGGAUGUGCAGAACGGGACGCAGACGGAGCUAAGGUACUCAUACCGGUUCAUCUGCAAUGAAAAUUACUACGGGGACACUUGUUCCAAAAUAUGCGCUCCGAGAGACGACCAUUUUGGCCACUACACCUGCAAGCCUGACGGGCAAAUAGCCUGUCUACCGGGAUGGAAGGGAGAAUACUGCCAAGAACCAAUCUGUCUUGAGGGGUGCAAUGAAAGGAAUGGAAACUGCACAUUACCCGGAGAGUGCAAAUGCAGAGAGGGCUGGCAGGGACUCUUUUGUGAUAUGUGUAAACUCCAUCCAUCCUGUAAACAUGGUACCUGUAAAGAGCCGUGGCAGUGCACCUGCAAGGAAGGCUGGGGAGGCAUCUUUUGUGACCAAGAUCUGAACUACUGCACCCACCACAAACCCUGCGCCAACGGGGCCACGUGUAUGAACACGGGCCAGGGCAGCUACACCUGCACCUGCCUGCCAGGCUUCACCGGGGUUAACUGUGACUUGGAGGUCAGGGAGUGUGACAGCCAGCCCUGUCGCAACGGAGGCCACUGCCUGGAUUCUGAGAAUGGCUAUAGGUGUGUGUGCCCACAGGGGUUUGAAGGGACACACUGUGAACACAGGAUGCUGACCUGCGCAGAUACACCCUGCUUUCAUGGUGGCAAAUGCAGAGAGAGGGACAAUGGGCAUACUUAUACAUGCGAGUGUCCAGCAGGCUACACUGGACUGAACUGUGAGAAGAAAGUGGAUAAAUGUACCUCACUGCAAUGCACCAAUGGUGGACACUGUGUGAUCCACGGUAACCUCCGGCUGUGCAGCUGUCGCUCAGGCUUCACAGGUCUGCGCUGUGAGAUCAACAUCAACGAGUGUGCCAGGAACCCCUGCGCAAACGGCUCCACCUGCAUAGACCGCAUCAAUGACUACACCUGCACCUGCCCCCCAGGGUACACAGGGCGCCACUGUGACAAGUCAACAGACCACUGUGCCUCGCGACCCUGCCUGAACGGCGGGACCUGCACCAUCGGAGCGAAAGGCCAGCCUACCUGCAUCUGCCCUGCCCAUUACAGCGGCCCCCAGUGCCAGUCAGACGAUGUGCCUUCACCCAACACCCCCAGCCCAGAAAUAGGCUGGGAGCCCAAUGACAAGUUGAGCUUGGCAGCCAUCGGCUUGGGUAUAGGCCUGGUGGCUGUUCUGGUGUUUUUUUGCAUGGUAGUGGUGGUAAGACGUCACGUCAGGAAGCAGAGAAACAAUGAGCAGGACUCAGAGACCAUGAACAACCUCUCCAAGGGAGACUUUCAGAAAGGGAACCUCAACUCUACUCUAGAACUAAAGAACAACAAUAAAAAGGCAGAUUUGGAGAUGGACUGUCCCAGGGAAAAGUCUAAUCACAAACACAUCAGCCACUACCAGCUGGACUAUAAAACCUCCAAGGGGUACAAGGAUGAACAGUCCCUUUUGUACAAAGACGAAAACUGUGAAAAGACGAUAGAAGAAAAAAAGCCUUUAAGUAGAACGUUCAGUGAAAGGCCAGAGUGUAGAAUAUCAACAAUAAGUCCUUCCAGAGAUUCAAUGUACCAGUAUGUCUUUGUAAUAGCGGAGGAGAAAGAUGAAUGCAUCAUUGCAACUGAGGUAUAAUAAAUAGAAGAUAUUAUUCACUGUCAACAUUGGAUUUCUUGCGGACUGUUUACAAGUGUGGAGAGACUAGGAUUUAUUUAAAUGCAAGUUGCUGCUCUUGAAAACUUGAUAACUGGAUGGAGCCGGUGUGCUCUUUGAAUUCAAUAGAACUAAAGCUACUAAUCUUUGUGAGAAUGUAAAGACUGAAAAGACUGCGGUAAAUAAUGAGCAAAUCUGACUUGUGGAUGCGCCUUUGAUAUUUUUGACUCAGCCCCUUGUCUGCUCCGUCCAAGUUCACCCAAGGGCUUCAGGCCAAGAUGUUUAUGCCUGUGUGAUGAUUAGAAGAAGAGGACUAUCAUGAUGCACUCCUCUCCACCUUACUGCAGUAGACAGCAAUCAACAAAUCAACUUACUGCCAACUAGCCUGUGGAAGGAGCCAGCCUUUUCCAUUUUUGUGGCCUGCAAUGCGCUAUGCAAACAGAAAUCAGCAUUGUGCUAAAUCAAAAAGGGACAAAAACUACUGAAAACGGUUCAUUUUUGAAGGAUAUUUAGGGUUAUCAUUUUUGUAAAUCCUUUUUUAUAAAGAAUGUAUGCAGCAUAGAUCACAAAGCCUUAUAUGUGUGUUUAAGAAAAACAUUGUGCCCCGUCUUAUCUUGAUUCUUUGCACAGCAAAAUGGAGGAAACAUAAAAGAUCAAAAGAUGCAAUACGCUGUAGCUCCAUGCAGAGAAACUCAUGAUACGGCCUCGUUUUACCUUAUGCAAGAUCACCCUUAAAUAAAGACAAAGAAAUACAUUAAGUGACUAUCGUACCAAGGACGCCUUCAAAGGAAAUUACUGAACCAAUAAUGUUAUUUUGUAAGAUUAGCAUUUCAUUAGUAAUUUAAGAAUAUGAAGCACUGAUCUGUCUCUUUCUAUGUUUUAUAAGAUUAUUUUGUAUAUACUGUAUAUUUAUAUGUUGAGAUUAGAAGUAUGAACAUCUGUUUUUAAGUUGACGCCCAGAAAAGGUGAAUUUAUUUUUAAAGUGUCAUUGGUGUUUUAUUUUAUUAUUUUUUUGUUAUAAAAAAAGAAGCAAUUAAUACAUAUCUGGUACACUGUUUGUUUGUUGCUCUUCAAUGGUUGAGUGUACAUGUGGUCAAAUAGAGAUCCUAAUUUAAAUGUUGGAAUCAUCUAGAAACUUUAUUUGUGUCAGCUGGUGUGGAAGUGGCUUCAGUGUUUAUAGAUACAGUCAUAUAUAUUCGGCCUGGUAGCUUUUCUGAUGAUUCCAUGUCUAUGUCCAUCUGUGUCCGUGUGAAAUCAAUGUGCUAGCAAUCAUUCAGUGGACAGUAUUGUAAUUGGCAGCAAUGUAAGGAAUUAUUCAAACUAAAAGAUAUAUAUUUAAAAAAAACAAAAAAACAUCUGUAUGUGAAAAUAAAAAGUCCUUGUGGUCUUUCUACAGUA